AUGGGCAGCCACUUCCGGAGCUACAUCUGGGACCCGGUUCUUAUUGUCUUCCAAAUCGUGUUGAUGCAGUGCAUCUACUACAGCUUUCUGGGCUUGUGGUUGGCAGGAGUGGACAGUCUAGUGCAAAGGCGUAGCUCGCUGGACCAGAUCUUCAGCUAUGAAAUCCUUGGUUUUGCAUCCAUUCUGGGUAGGCUCUCCAUGAUGGCGUUUGUUUUAAACUCUCUUACCUGCGCUCUGGGCUUGUGGUUCUUCAUCCGCCGAGGGAAGCAGUGCCUGGACUUCACCGUCACGGUGCACUUCUUCCAUUUGAUAGCCUGCUGGAUCUACAAUUCUCACUUCCCCUCCACGCUGGCCUGGUGGCUCAUCAACUUGGCCUGCGUGGCGUUGAUGGCGGUCAUCGGAGAGUACUUGUGCAUGCGGACCGAGCUCAGGGCCAUCCCGGUCAAUUCCGGACCCAAGUCUAACCUUUGA